CUUUUACAAUUAAAAUUCGAUUUCGUGUGUAUUUCUAUUUCCAGUAUGCAUGAGGAUUUAUAAAUACUCUAUAAAGAAAAAAAUAUCGUACAAAUUUCGAAAUACUAUGUUGAGGUUGCUGUGACUAAACAAAUACUAAGCACCGUUCCCAUUACAGACGCUAAAAAAACCCCAUGAUUCUGUCGGUUGCUGCUUCAAAAUUUCUAUUCAAGCUGCUUUUUAUUCCUUUUCUAAAUCUCGUACCCUAAUUUCUGAUUCUUCUUAUUGUGAGAAUAGAAGAGCUCUGUUUCAAAAAGAAUCAUGCCUCGAAAAGCGGGCUACGACUUGGGCUACGAUGACGAUGACUAUGGUUACUAUGAUGAUUAUGGCUAUGAUGAGGAUGCAGAUGAAGCAUAUGGUGAUAAUCCAGAUGUAGAUGGAUAUGUGGAAGAAGAAACCCCUAACAUUUUCCAGACUGCCUCUAAGCCUGGGACUUGGAGCUGUCCGAUUUGCACAUUUGCAAAUGAUGAAGAGUUAUCUGCUUGUGAUAUCUGCGGAGUUCUUCGGGACCCUAUUGUCAGCAACAACGGCAGUAAUAAAAAAUCAGCUGAUGUGUCCAAAGGUUAUGGAGCAUCCAUACUGGCCCGAGCUCUUCUUGCACCUUUGCCUCGUAGGACGCACGAAAUGGAUGUUAUCAUUCAGAGGCUAAAUGCCUCUUUCAUGAUUGAUAGCGUCCUUCAGGAGGAUUUGGUUAAAUUUGGAAAACAUUCUGCCAUGAAGUUCCCACAAGGGAACACUGUGGAAUUGUCUUCUUCAAGAGCUUCUUCAGGCAUCAGUGAGAAAAAAGAAAAGGUUAAUCAACUUCCAAGAAAGAAUAAGUUAAAGGCUCCCUCUGCUGGUGUGCCUGAAGUUGGACAACCAAGUUCAUAUGGGAGAAAUGGAUCCUCACUUGAUGACGACAAUCUACAAACACUAAACAACAGUUUCAACAAAGUAAAGAUGAGUGCUGAUUCAGGAUCUUCACAGAAUCGUAUAAGUACCCAGAAGGCCAAAUCAGUCUCACCCUACAAGCCAGAGAAAUGGAUGCUUCCAGACCAAGAUGGAAAACUGACUCAAUUGAAUCUUGCUAUUGUGGGUCAUGUUGAUUCGGGAAAAUCAACACUGUCUGGCAGACUUCUAAACCUUCUAGGGAGAAUUUCCCAGAAAGAAAUGCACAAAUAUGAAAAAGAGGCUAAGCAACAGGGAAAGGGAUCCUUUGCUUUUGCAUGGGCAAUGGAUGAGAGUGCAGAAGAGAGGGAAAGGGGUAUUACCAUGACAGUUGGUGUGGCUUAUUUUGACUCCAAGAAAUAUCAUGUUGUUGUGCUCGAUUCUCCUGGUCAUAAAGAUUUUGUCCCAAAUAUGAUAUCUGGCGCUACUCAAGCAGAUGCUGCCAUUCUUGUUAUUGAUGCUUCAAUGGGUGCAUUUGAAGCUGGUAUAGAUGCUAAUGGGGGGCAAACAAGAGAGCAUGCACAGCUCAUUAGAAGUUUUGGGGUCGAUCAAGUUAUUGUGGCUGUAAAUAAAAUGGAUGCGGUGGGGUACGCAAAGGAAAGAUUUGAUUCAAUAAAAUCGCAACUUGGACUCUUUCUUCGAUCUUGUGGUUUCAAGGACUCUUUUUUAUCAUGGAUCCCUUUGAGUGCUAUGGAAAAUCAGAAUUUGGUCACAGCUGCUUCUGAUGCCCGUUUAUCAUCUUGGUAUGAGGGCCCAUAUCUCUUGGAUGCUGUAGAUUCAUUGCAACCACCUGUCAGAGAUGUCUCUAAGCCUCUACGGAUGCCUAUCUGUGACUUCAUUAAGUCGCAAUCGUUAGGGCAACUGGCCGUUAGUGGGAAAUUGGAGUCUGGAGCUAUUCGAAAUGGUUCGAAGGUCAUGGUGCUGCCUUAUGGAGACGUAGCAACAGUUCGUACCAUAGAACGCGACUCUAAACCUUGCAGUAUCGCCAGGUCUGGUGAUAAUGUGGCUGUUAGUCUACAAGGCAUUGAUGCAAAUCGUGUGAUGGCUGGUGGAGUACUUUGUCACCCAGAUUUUCCCGUGGCCAUUGCUUCCUGUUUCGAAUUGAAGGUCCUUGUUUUGGAUGUUCUAAUGCCUAUCCUAAUCGGUUCACAGAUUGAAUUUCAUGUACAUCAUGCCAAAGAGGCGGCGAGAGUUAAAAAGAUUGUGUCUUUGCUGGAUCAGAAAACUGGGAAAGUCUCAAAAAAGGCACCCCGCUGUCUGACAUCCAAACAAAGUGCAUUGAUAGAGGUGAAUCUAGAUGCCGCUGUAUGUGUAGAAGAGUUUUCCGAGUGUCGAGCUUUGGGGAGGGUUUUCUUGCGAUCAUCGGGUAGAACUAUUGCUGUUGGGAUCAUAACCCGGAUAAUUGAGUAAAGUUUUUCCAUGGUUUGCAAGAUACAAUUUUCUUGCCCAAUCCAAAGUUAGCUCAAAUGUAACGUAUCAACUGAAUUCAAUUUAUUUACAUAUAUACGAAGAUUAAGUUUAUGUUAUUUCACACAA